AUGGGGAUUGGAAUAGCGAAAUUUGAGAAGCAGAACGCAUUACCUCAUGACUAUCUGAACGUAGCGAUGACUGCACGAGGUCCCGAAGGAGCAUUUCAACUACUAGAGACAGGUCGGAUUCAGUUACCGGAGUUCUACUCUCAGGUUGGCCAGAUUUUCGCUAAAGGAUGUUGGCAGUUCGGUCAAGAGAUGAGCGACACAAAGUUCAAUAAUAGUGCAUAUCAGCAACAUUGUCUACGCACCUCAAAAUUCGAUAAUGACUCAAGGAUAAUCUCUGUAGCUGUUCCGCCUUUGCCCGUUCAGGCUCCAGUAGAUGGAAAAGAGCUGUGGAGAAUGAUGAUGGGCGAAGCUUCAUCCUUCAAUACCCCCAUUAUCCAAGUGAUCAAACGUUUAAAAGGUGAUGUAUGGCAAGUCUAUUGUUCAGUUUACAAGGUAGCAGCCCUGACGAAUAAUUUCAACCUGGCUCCGGGAGUCAAAGAGGAUGACGCGGAGGCCCUAGGUAUCAUGCCCAAAGAGAUAAAGCAACUGUUUGACGAUUUCAUUGAGAGUAGCCAAGUGGGAAUGCGGAAACCGGAUCCGAAGUUCUUUCAGUAUGCUUUGAAUCGAUUGGGUGCGGAGCCACACAGAACUGUCUUUCUAGAUGAUAUUGGGUCAGUGGCUUGUCUUUCGUUCAUGUCACUUGAAGGCGGAGAUUUCGGAAAUAUGAUAACAGAGUUGGAGUCAACUGACCGAGUCUAUUUACAUCCCUCCAAAUCCGCACACAGCAUGAACCUCAAAGCCGCACAAGCAUUGGGAAUCAAGACCAUACGGGUGGGUAUUUAUGAUGUGGACCCGGCAAUUCGUGCUCUUCAAAAAUACGUACCAGACGUAGACUUAUUGAGUUGCUGCUCUGAUCAUGCUGGAGUAUCCAAAUUAUAG